AUGAUAUGCCUGAUGAAGACCUCAACACUCCUCAGCGACAUCAAAUUCGGGCCUGUGCAACUGUUCGUCAACUCAAUGCCAACGUGGAUCAAAGCCCUCGCUGCCGCGAAACUCCUGCCCCAAGACCUGAAACACCUACACCCCAACCUGGAGCUGUAG